AUGGCUAUUUGUGCACUUUGCCCUAUUAUGACAUCCAUGGACCCCAAAAGCAGGAGGAUGAUUCAAGACAAUAAAACCAGAAGGCGGCUAGAGGUGUUAGGGGUCUCGUCGGGCUACUCUGGUGGCCAUAGAGGCGACUGGUGGUGGAAUGAAGUGGUUCAAGGUAAAGUGGAAGCGAAGAAGACGGUGUACCUUAAGUUAGUAGGGAGCACCGGUGAGGAAGAAAGGAGAGCGAAUAGUGAGAGGUAUAAGGUAGCUCGGAAGGAGGUGAAGCUGGCGGUCACGGAGGCUAAGACAGCGGCCUUUGCUCGUCUGUACGAGGAACUAAGGGACAAAGGCGGGGAGAAGAAGUUAUUCCGGCUUGCUAAGGCGAGAGAGAGGAAGGCUCAGGAUCUGGACCAAGUGAGGUGUAUCGAAGACGAGGACGACAGAGUUUUGAUGGGGGAGGACCAGAUUAAGCGGAGAUGGCAAACCUACUUUCAUAAACUUCUGAAGGAAGAAGGCAAUCAGGAUAUUAUGCUAGGUGAACUGGGGCAUUCCGAGAGUCACCAUGACUUUAGGUAUUGUAGGCGCAUUAAGGUAGAUGAGGUCGUGGAGGCUAUGCAUAAGAUGAUUAGGGCAAAGCUACCGGUCCAGACGAAAUUCUAG